GAGGCACUGCCGCCUGCCCCGCGGGCUGACCCUGUUCCCAGCUCCAGCCGAGCAUCCCGGCUCGGCCAAGCGGGAAGUCGGGCGGCGAGGAACCCAUCCGCUGGUAACUGGAGGAAGAUAGGUAAAGCCAACGGUUAUAAUUCACUGAGUAAAAGGAGGCGACGCUCGGCACCUUGGCACCAGUACUAAUGAAGCCAAUAGCCUUCUCUGCUUUCUCCUUUUGGCUGGCUCUCCUUUUGGCUGGCUGCCUCGGCGUACACAUCACUGGCAGUUUUGUGAGAAGUCAGAAGAACCAUACGCUAAUUUUCACCAAGGAAAAUACAAUUCGCAACUGCAGCUGCUCAGCAGAUAUCCGUGAUUGCGAUUACUGCCUGGCAAACUUGAUGUGCAAUUGCAAAACAGUGCUGCCUUCUACCAUGGAAAAAACUACCUACAGUAGCCACCUGACCAUUUGGUUCACAGACACCUCUGUGCUGGAGAUGCUCCUCAACUUCACCAGGGUGUGGGAUUUGAAGCUGUCCUUCUGUGGCACCACUCCUCUCCCCACAGAAUACUUGGCCAUUUGGGGACUUCGAAAGCUCCAGGUAAACAAGGUCAAGGGACGGUUUCCAGAGCAGAGUGUAACUAUCUACAGCAGCAGAAACAACAAAAAAGCAGACUCGUUUGCACUGCACAACAAAGACAGUCAAAUGCUUGUAUAUAUUUCUUUUCUGGAUACCUCGCUUUUCAAUGGCUAUUCUUUGCUAAAGUCGUACAGUGUGGAAAACGUCUCUAGUAUCAUGGAGCACUUUCCCAGCCUGCUAUACUCUGAUGUUUCCCCAACCUCAGAUAACAAGAGAUAUGUUGUAACAUUAAUUUACUGAGUUAUUGAACAUAUUUACUAGUCAGAGGCAUGACAAACUGUUAAGAGACUGAUGGGACUUCUUUAAGUCUGUCUGGUUUGUACAGGAGCUGUUAUGGGAAGGACAGUUCUGACUGGAAUAGCACAAGGAGGUGUUUAAAGUACAACAGACUCAUCAGACCAAUUCAGUAAAUGCUUUUUUAAAGAACAGAGAAAAUGGGAAACAACUGUUUUAGAAAGCAAUGAUGCAAAUUUUUUUUAUAUAUUGUAAGAUAAGAACUGAAAUGCCCCAAAGACAGAAAAUUGCACCUCCAGUUGUAGAAGAACCUGAGCCUCCCAGAGAAUCACUCAGGUUAGAUGGCACCUUGGGUGGUCUCCAGUCCAAUCCUCCUUGCCUCAAGCAGGGCCAGCUCUGGGAUCAGACCAGGCAGCUCAGGAUUUUCUGCAGUCAAGUCUUGAAAAUCCCCCAAAGAUGGAACCUGCACGACCUGCCCCACUGCCUGCCUGUCCUCAUGGGGAAACUUUUUUCCAUGUAUUAACCCCAGCCUUCCUUUCUCCAAGCUGAGUAAGCCCAGUUCCCUCACACUUUUCUCACAGUCACAUGUGCCAGCCCCUGACCAUCUUGGUGGCUCUCCACUGGACCACGUUAAUUGAUCCCUAUCCUUCUUGCUUGGGGCAAGGGGGGAAGAAACUGCAUGCAAUUUAAUCAGUGCCCAGAUGAGGGGAAUAAUCCCUCCCGCCAUUUACUGGCUGUGUCCCUGUCAAUACAGCCUACUGCUGUCAGGUUCAAAGGGUGAGAGGUUGUUACAGGUUACUCCAACUGGGAGUGCUGUGUUGUCCUUGAUCCCUGGUACUUGGUCAGAGCUGGGAACCCUCUGCUUGGGCUCAGUGACAGCCUCUUACGAGAGCAGGGCCGGGCUACGCAGGCAGCCUCCAACCUCAGUGCACCAAGGCAGGUGUGUUUGGAGGAUGGCCAGGAAGCUGUGCUCACUGCCAAGCCAUGGCACACACCAUGGGAAAGCACUGGGCGAGAGGCCACCUGACAGGUGAGACACCAUCUUCACAAAGGUAUUUUUUCCUAGGGAAAGGCCUGUCUCUUGCAUGUUGGGUGUGCCAACGUGUGCAAUUUCCCCACAUGCAGGGAACUUGACUCCAUUUUUUGUGAUAAUGGCAAGCUGUGCUCAUGUUCUCCCCUAUAGGAAAGGAGAAAGGCCCCAUUCAGCAACUCUCAUCUGAUAAGGAAGGCAAAGUUUCUGGCAGACAUGCAGCAAUUUUCAGACAUGUUGCAGGAGAAAGAUUGCCAUCCCCUGAGAAACAUAUGUGGGCACUAUUUUUAUAGCCUAAAGUCUGCUCUUUACCUAUGGCUGCAGGAUUUGUACUCUAUAAGAUAAAGGCCACGAUCCAUCCAUAUAAUACCGUAAAAGCUUUGGAAUAGCAAGUCCUAACAGUCCUGUAUGGCCAGCAAUGGAUUACAUGAAAUCACAGAAUCACACUCUCAGAGCUGGAAGGGACCUCUGGAGUUCAUCUAGUAAAACUCCCCUGCUAAAGCAGGAUCCCCUAGAGCACAUUACUCAGGCCUGCAUCCAGGUGGGUCUUGAAUAUCUCCAGAGAAGAGGACACCACAGCCUCCCUGGGCAGCCUGUCCCAGUGCUCUGUCACCCUCACCAUAAAGAAGUUUUUUCUCAUAUUUAAAUGGAACUUCCUAUGUUCCAGCUUGUGCCCAUUGCCCCUCACCUAUCACUGGGAACUACUGAAAAGGGUCUGGCUCCGUCCUCCUUGCACCCACCCUUCAGACACUUGUAGGCUUUAGUAAGUCUUCUCUUCUCCAGGCUAGAGAGUCCCAGCUCUCUCACCCUUUCCUCUUAAGGGAGAUGCUCUAAUCCCCCAGUCGUCCUCAUUGCCCUCCACUGGACUCUCUCUCGGAGUUCCCUGUCUCUCUUGAAAUGUGGAGCCCAGAACAGGACACAAUAUUCCAGAUGUGGCCUCACCAGGGAAGGGCAGAGGGAGAGAAUGACCUCUCUCGACCUGCUGGCCACACACUUCCUUAUGCACCCCAGGAUUCCAUUGGCCUUCUUGGCAGCAAGGGCACAUCACUGGCUCAUGGAUUAUUUACUGUCUACCAGGACUCCCGGAUCCUCUUCCUCAGAACUGCUUUCCAGCAGGUCCACCCUAACUUAUAUUGGUGCCUGGCAUUCUUCCUCCUCAGGUGCAGGACCCUACACUUCCCUUGUUGAACCUCAUCAGGUUCCUUUCUGCCCAGCUCUCCAAAUUGGGAUAAAAUAUGCGUAAUGAGGAGAAAACCUAGCAAGAUUCCGAGGAACCAAUGAAUUUGCUUCAACAACUUUAAAGAAAGACUUAUCUGUAACCAUUGAUGGAGCAUUUUUCUAGGAAUCAAAACUAAUUUUUCAGAAUACUUAAAUACGUGCACACCUUCCAUUCCUGUGAGCUUUCCCACUGAAAUCAACAAUGUGGUAGCUAUUGCAUUAAUGAGGUCUAUUUGCAAUCGCAGAUUAACGGAUUUAAGCACACAGGUGUUUGAAGGCUGGGGGCUGAACUCAGUUUAAUUCAACUGGAGAACUAUUAAAUCAGCUGUUGUGAAGACUUUGUUUCCUUUGUCAGGACCGUGGCAACAAACCAUCAGCCUUCUCCCCAAACCACAAAUAUGUUUAAUGUUGCCUCUCACGAUGGUGUCACAGGUUACAAAAUGGUUCAAAGCUGGAGGUGAGCUAACAGACUGGCAGUGUGAUGUGCGUGUGUUCUGAGCAAGUUACAUGCCUGGAAUGUAUUACAGAUACGGGCAAACUAUUCAUACUGUCUGCUCAGGAAGCCCGUGCUCCAACUGUCUGUGCAGGAGCAUUAACCUUGUCAUCACAGCCUGGCCAGUCACUAAUCCUGCACAGGAUAGUGUUGUAAAAAAAAAAACCACAAACAAACAGAGCUGGUGCACACCAACGCACUGACUUCUAAAUGUUCCCAACCUUCUCUUUAAAAGCUGAGAAAACCGAACAUACUCUCUUCUGCGUAUUCACUUACCGAGGCCCUGCUGCCCUCUAGCAAAAAAUGUGCUGAAUAGCAGAGCACCUCCACCUCGCCAGGAGAGCGGGGGUUGGCUGCAGCCUCUGUUCAGGCUUCACACAUGCAGCAGUAACUGAGAACGUCUUUAGUCUGGCCUUGUUCAGAAUAAACCAUGAGAUUAAUAAAUCAAUGGGCUUUCUAACACUGCAAA